AGCGGUGAUAUCAGCGCAAGCACAGACCUAACCUUCAGUAGUGAAGCAGACAGAGGGAGGGAGGAAGGAAACCUCCCUAGUGUGCAGACAAAAGAGUUUGGAGUUUGUUUACCUCCUCUGGUUCAGCGGUUUCCACACUGACGAGGCGAAUAAUUCAAGCAGUCUUGUCCUCAGCAGAAAGUCCGGGAUUUAUUACAUAUUUUUUACGUUUUUUUAAUUCCACUGUUGUACGUUAAUGCGUUUGCUCACUUGGGACCUGGGGAUCAUAUUCGGACUUACGUCGAUUUGUAUUUUUGGCAUACUUGACAUCGUGUUAUUUGUGGAGCCAGCGGUUAUGCUCCGUCACUGACAUGAACCCUUCGUCCAGACCAGCAAACCCGUCCGAUGACUCGACCGCAGUAACCGCAAAACAAGAGAGCGGGGGAGAUUUACCAGCUGUCGCCGGUGCCGCUGGAGCUUCAGCGCAAACCUCCCGCUCGAACGACGACGGCAAGCGGAUCUCUGGCCACCCUGGCUCCGCCGGAGAAGGAGAAGAGCUAGAGUCGACGAGAAGAAGCAAAGCUGCCGUUGAUAACCGAGAUAACCGUUGCUCCAGUGGAUAUUACUCUUUCGAAGGCGACUCCCUGCCGAACUCCCCGCUCUCCCCGCGGCCACUGACAGCUGAAAAAUCCACGCAGACUCCGAGCCCCAGCUGCCAGGUGAUGAAACACGCCUUGCUGCGCGUGGAUAAGGCGCACGGCGGAGGACCGGCCACGCAGCUGCAGCAUGGGAGCUCUACCAGCCGCUCUAGCACACAGCAAGGAAGCGCAGCAGGGGACAUGGAGGCGGAGGUGGUCGGACAGGAGCUCCGACGCAUUGGAGACGACUUUAAUCGACUCUUCUUGUUACGGGGUGCGGCUGGCAGACAUAGACAUGUUGUCAUUCAUCCAUACCCGCUGCCGCACGUCCACCAGGAGCCCACUGUGCUGUUCUGCAUGGGCAUCCUGCUCCUUGUGAUUGGACGGAUAAUCUACUUGCAAAGCAGUACGAACAGCCAGGACCACUCUCAGGUUUAGCCUUUGGAAAAACCCAGCAGACGUAGCAUUUUUUUCCCUUCAGUCAUUUAUUUGUGUUUUUGGAUCUGUCACAUCUUGUGGGGGACCUAUUUUUCACUCUCCAGCCUUUGGACUCUGCUUGUCUUAAUUUUCUAAUGGAGAUUAUUUCUUUUACACCUUUAAGGAACUCUAAAAUGGCCGUGUUUUUUAAAUUUUGCACCUGCGUUUUUCCUUCAUGGUUUCUGAGCCUUUGCGAUGCAACCAAAGAGCCAGGAGUUUGCACUCUUUUCCAGCGACGAGGCGGACAUGUCACCCAAAUAUGCCUCUCUGCAAAAUGAUGCCUGUGGAAAUUCAACUGUGCCUUGUACACAUUUUUUCAUACAAUUUUUUUCUUGAAAAGAAGCUUUUAUUAAGAGGUUUUUCCUUUUUUGUACAGAACUUAUGAGUUUCCCUGGGAGAUCAACUCCGCAGACCCAGGGUUGUAAAAGAACGAGGGUCCCGUUAAUAGGACUUUCCCACAUCUUUUCCCCCUGACCGUUUCAGGCGGGGAAAAAUGAUGCACUCCACCGUCACGUUAGGAUCCAGCAUGCAACGAACUCAUGACAUGUGUGGGCACCGGGCCAAAGAUUGAAUUUUUAUCCAAUAUUUUUCAUCAAAAGUUUUUGCUACCAUGAAAUGCGUCUCAUGUCUUCGACACGUCAACUGUAUGUUUGUGUUUUUAACCGCAGAAUUGUGUCGCCUUUGAAUCAUUCGAGUACUAAAUGACACGGAUGUUGACUCAUGGCCAUCAAAUGUCAUGUCAUGCUAUAUUUUACAGAUGUAAUCCAGAUUCAUAUUCCAGGAAGAAGUGUUUAAACAUUUGAUGUGAAGCCCUUGUUCAGGAUGAUGUUCAGAAUAUUGACCGAUUGUAAAAGACAUCACUGGCUGACUAAAACAAACUAUCUAGAAUAUAUGUGUCCUGCACUAAGCAGCACAUGAUACAUGGACAUCUCAAAUAAUUAGUCUAUGAACCACAUUUUCCAUUAGAGAAAAGGUCAAUUUUUCUUUUUAUUUAGUUAAAUUUGAGCCACAGCAGCUCCUGCUCCUCCUGUAACAUGGAUUUAUUCUUUCAAAGGUACUUUAUGGAUGCACAAAGGCUGCUGAGCAAAAUUUAUAGUCAUGGAAAAUUGCAAAACUAAUGUUUCCCAAGUCCUUUACAACUUACUAAACAGCAGUUAGUAUAAAAUGGAUGGUCUGACCUGUUCAUGUGGAAACUGAACCUGCCCAGACAGAUUUAAUGAUCCUUUUUUUUCAUUCACUGUGAAGAACAAGUCAAAAUGCUCUUCUUAUACUAAUUUGAUGAAACCGUACCAGCCUCUGAGUAACUGAUACCACACACACACACACACAAGCCUGUGCCAUUUAGCACAUGGCACACCUCCACCACAACUACAAACAUUUCAGAAUCUUUUUUUUUCUUACUUAAAACCUUCACUUCACCUAUAACUUCACAUGUGAAUGCAAAUAUUCCAUUUCAACUAUUAAACGGUGUCAUUCCAUGCAGACGUGUUUACUCAUCUUCUGCCUUUCAUGUCAACCAACCUCACUUCGACGUUGUUUUCUAAUCCGGCGUGGUUGUUUUGUUUCUAUAACAAGCGGUCAAACCGUUCUGUCUUCUUCUGUUCUCUGUGUCAGCCUCUGGAUUUACCAUUAUAGCAGCCAGACUGGGUGCAGCUUACGUGCACUGGUUUGUAGACAAGGUCAUGUUAUCCAUUUAUUAGCUUAGUGAUUCAGACUCAGGCCAAGUUUCCUCACGCCUGCCAGGUCAUUAAACACUCACGGGAGAGAUUUCUGGAUAGAAACCAAAAACUGAAUCAUGUGGCGUCAAAGAGGGUUUUUUGUUAUUGGCUGGUUAUCUAACAGUAACAGCAAACAGUGGAGAUACAGAUUCAGAGGAGGUACAUUUAGUCUUUGUGCUUAUUGAAACAUAUCAGUUCUUUUUAUUUGACUAGUUAGUGCUUGAUAUGUGAUUACUGAGACACGUGUUGUCAGAUAAAGCUGAACGAUAAAACAGCCUGUUCAAAUCAUAUAUAUAUAUAAAUAUGAAAUGCCUCUUGUGUGGAUAAUUGGAUAGUUUUCUGUUGGUGUCUUCAGCAAACAGUUUUAAGUGUUUGUAAAAAAACUAAUAAAUAAGCAAAGAAGAAAUUGACCCAAGCACCUUAUAUUUUUAUUUUUAUUUUUAUUUUAUUUUUUAUCAUAGGUUAAUUAAAGAACAUUUUAGUUUACUAUGAGGGAAGUUUACCACGUGUCCAUGAGAGCACAGUUUGGGCCACAUUUUCCUGUCUUAUCCCGACCAAGAAAAGAAAACUCACCAAACCCGACAAACAUCCGGCUUAUUGUGUUUGAACUCAUCAAAGUCACAUCCUCCAUCCUUAGCAGAGAUAAGAUCAGCUGAGUCCUCACUGCGUACAGUGUAACAUAAUCAUGUAACCAGCACUGACUGGACCGGAGUCAACAGACUAAAUAUCUAUCAACGUGCCUGAACAUUAUCUCAAAACAUUUUAUUAAGACUAUACUCCUGUUGGGUACAUAAGCCAAACUAACCAGUCAGUGUUGUCAUCCAUGUGAAAUAGAACUUGUUUGGUUCUGACUCGGACUCGAGCAUUGACUGUUGGGUCUGUUGAUUUCUGCCACUCAUUUACCAUAUCAUAAUGAAGCUCUUCUGUAUUAAAGCUCACCUUUUUCUUCCCGUCAUUUGCUACCGUUUACAAUUCCCUCGUUCCCGUCCAGCUUCACCUCCUGUUCAGAGAGAACCGCCUCUUUUUAGAGUUCUUGCUCCUGAUUGGAUGAAGUGUUGUGCGUCACUUCAUUCCCCUAGAUUUACUGUCAGAGCCCUGAGAGAGACAGACAGACAGACAGACACCGAAGUCACCGUGCAAACACUCUAGAUCACUGACAGCAGUCAGAAUAUAGAUAUUUCCAACACAUAUUUAAACCAAACUAGCUGCACUCACUGCAGUUUUAAUGAGAGUUAGACAUGUUCACAGCCUACACUGUUAAGAAGUGGCCCUAAUAAUAUGUUUUACAUUCACAUAUUUUACAUAAAGUGACAGUGACAUCAAUCGACUAAUUAAAUAAUUAGUGUUAAAUGUUGAUCCCUAUUUAUUUAUGUCAGUGGAGCACUGGAGAUAACAUGACACAGACUCUUUUUAGUGACUCGACUACACUCUCUUCCUUAAAAAAAUCAAAACAUAACUUUAGAUUAACUGAUUAAUAUUUGAAACUGGGAUAACCAGGUUAGUUUGGCUGUGCCAGAUUUCUACAUCAAGAGUCAGAGAAAUGCCCUUUAAAGCAAUUUAACUGAGAGGUGGACAAAACGACUUUGUUAUUUGUGUCGUGUGUGUUGAGGUUACCCAGACAAGAAGUGCAAAUCAGAGAGGCAACAGGAGUUUGUUACACAAUUAAAAACCAAAUUCAUCCGAGUGUGUUUGAGUCACUCUUGGAUGUUUGCACAGUUCUGUCAACACCCAUUCAUCACAGAUUAAGUGUGAUUUGGCUUUCAACAUCAUUUUAAACUCUCAUUCGAAAACUGCGUCACCCCUCCGCUCGGUGAUCGGCCUGUUUUAAAUCAGCUGUGUCUUAUUCAGAAAAAGUCUCACAGUGUUGCUGCAUUAAAGUGACAUGACUGAUUCAUUUCCCUGGACAAAAUGGACAGAAGGAGCUGCUUUAGUACAGAUGUAGAAAUCCCUCAGACUAAUCCACAUCUGACAUGGCAGCCGUCUCACAGAAAAUAGUGGUUUGAGGACAGAGAUCCCGACGUUACAUGUCGUAAACAGUGGAUUAGACGUGAAGUGCACAAACCGACAGCAACGCAAAGCAUAACCCCCGAGGCAGGGCUAGAAUCCUCAACAAUAGUUGUUGGAAGCAACACAAAAUGAACACAUAUAGACAUAUACUGACUAUAAAAAACAAAAAUGGAAGAAAAUGCAUUGUGUGUUGAUCCCACUGAGAAUGAGUGAGUGCUGGUUAACAUGUCCAUAGCAGGUGUUUUAUUGUUUUCAAUAAAAGAGAAAAAUCGAACCACUAUUAAUGUCCUUGGACUUAAAAUGUCAUUCUUAAAAUCAUUGUCAUUCAAAUCAUUUGAAAUGUGAGCGUGGGUAAAACUACUUCCACUGUUACAAGUGUAAAAAGUUAAACUUAAAAAACUUGUUGUGUCAUUAUAUCACCACUCUUUUGUUGCACUUUUCAGUUUCUAGUUGUGUUUCCCUCUUUCUCUUUUCCUUUGCUCACAGUCAUUUGGAAAAAAAAAGAGAUGAACAUUUCACACAAACAAACAUCUGGCACUCUUCCUGUGCACCAUAACCCCCACCCCCCAACACACACACACACACACCCUCCUCGCUGUGACACUGACAGCGCUGUGACUGCAUGUUGACUUGUGAUUUUGUGCCAUGUGAAACCCAAGACCUCAUUUUGAAGUACUGUAUUACAGCUGGAGUGUGAGAGGAGAGAGCAUGGCAGGGUGGAAACAGAAACAUGAAUUGCCGCCUUCUGAAACUGAAAUGGAAACCUGUGUUGAUUCACUGCUUACGUCUGACUUCCAGCAUCAACUCUGCUGGAGCCCCUUCAGGAAACUGUGUUCCAGAUAUGUAUUUGUCUUGAAACUUUUUUUUAAAGGAACGGGAGACUCUUUCAAAUUUUGUUGUGAGGAAAGUUAACAUUUAUACCUACUGUUGUUGUUGUUUUUUACUAGGGGCCACAUCCUCAUAAACAGGAUUCUGUACUUUUUUGCAAACAAAUGUAAGUCGUAAAAAUUGCAUAGGCUGGCUUUGUUCCCAAAAGCUAACGGAUAUUUUACAAGUGUGUUAAACUGUCUUUUGAUGCAUAAUUCGCUUUGCCUGGAACACGCCGUGGUAUUGCAUGUGUUUUGUUUUCAUUUCUUUUUUUAGUUUCGUCCUCCUGUUGGUUAAAAAUACUGUGUAUACAACUGUAUUUGUUCUUGACUUAUGGGAGAUCCAAUCACACUUGGUCACUGGAGAUGAGUAUGGAGACUGUCAGGUGGGGAUUUCCUGUGUAUGGGCCCCUCCCACAAGUGAAUGGAUCACCCCAGAUACAUAAUAAUUAAUGUGUGGUAUGAAUGCAGUCUGUGUUGUGCUUUGCUGUGCAGAAAUGCAAAUGUUGGAGUCUGAGUGUGAAUUUUAGCGACAAAGUAAAUGACAAGUACCCAGUACGACUGUAGCAAUGUUUGUUAUUUUGUACUUUUAUUUUACACUGAAAAUAUUGUAAUUAUGCUGUUUCACUUUCUGUAAAUAAAGCCCUUUCAAGUUUUUA